AUGGAGGCCUGUAGCUUACCACGCGAUAUCUUGAUUGAUAUAUUUGCCACCUUUGAGAUCCCUGACCUCGUUCGUGCUGGUUCUGUUUGCUCCUCCUGGCGAUCCGUAUACACCACCCUGCGCAAGCUUGGGAAGUAUAAACAAUCCCAGACACCAUGCCUGCUCUACACUAGUGAAUCUGCCGGUGAGAACGUUGCAGGUCUCUACAGUCUCGCGGAGAACAAGUCUUACACAUUGCCUCUCCCAGACCCACCUAUUCGUAGUAGAUACGUGAUCGGUUCCAGCCAUGGCUGGAUUAUCACCGCCGACGAGAGGUCCGAGCUGCAUCUCCUCAACCCCAUUACAGGUGAUCAGAUUCCCCUCCCUUCGGUCACCACCAUUGAGCAGGUGAAACCUGUUCACAAUAACGAUGGUGUCCUUCACAAGUACGAGUUCUCAUGGUACACUGCAGAAGAGGUUUAUGACUCGCCCUCAAUCUAUGAUCUUGGGGAGCUGCGAGACCGUCUCUUCCACAAGGCAUUUCUGUCAUCGGAUCCGUCCAAUGGAGACUAUUAUGUUGUGCUCAUCUACACACCAUACCACCAACUCUCAUUUGCAAGAGCUGGGGAUGAUAAGUGGACUUGGCUGCCACCACAUAUUCAUUGUUCAGAUUGCAUCGUUAAGGAUUACAUGUUCUAUGUAUCGACUUCAGAUGGAGCAAUCCACGAGUUUGAUACCAGUGGCCCUACAGUAACACAAAAGCUUGUUAUAGAUGAGGUCAAGGAUGACAUCUUUGAGGAAAUACACAUUGUUCAAGCUCCAUGCGGUGAUAUGCUGCAAGUUUGGACGGUUCUGGAUUCAGCGGAAUUCGAUGGUGAUCUUUCAGAGCCUGAAUUUGAUGCCGAGUAUUAUGCACGCUGUUCCGUUAUCAUCAAAGUGUAUAAAGUGGACUUGGCAGCAAAAAAGCUUGCAGCGAUAAGCAGUUUAGGUGAGAAUGUGAUUUUUCUUGGGCAUAACCCAUCACUCUGUUUUAGUGCUGACCAAUAUCCCCAUUUGAAGGCUAAUCAUAUCUACUUCACUGAUGAUUCUGAGUACUUGGCUUUCAGACAGAAUUGUCACCGUUUUAUAAGAGUUGUCAACUUUGAAAAUAACAGUACUGAGGAAAUUGUUUCCCCUCAGCUUUGGUCCAACUGGCCAGCCCCUGCGUGGGUUAUACCGAAUCCUAGAAAGAUGAAUCAAGCACCACAAGAACCAGUGGCGGAGCUUCAGCCCGGCAUGCCCGGGCAGCUGCCCGGGCUCGGCUCCGUGCGGCAGGCGUAG